CGUGGUGUUGGUAAGCCAUAGCCGCUGUUAAGAAAAGGCGACGAGGUGAAGAGUGUUUCUAUAUAUGUAAGUCACUCUAUUUACGUGGCGCUAUGCGCGAAAAGAGCAGCUGGAUCACGUUUCCAACACGGGUUCUGACUGUAGCUCCAUUACUAGUGCUUGCUCUAAGCACAAACUGUUAGGGUGGGUCUCGUGGAACUAUUUCCCAGAAUUCUUGAAGAAGCUACUGGGAAGACAUCAGUGGAGCAUGGACAAACUAUGUUCUAGGCCUAGAAACUGGGGAGUGGCUAGGAAAUAGUGUGACCGUUCUCCGGCUGCAUCGGCUCUUACAUUGGAGAAAGUACAAAAGAGCAACCUUGAGCUGGCUAGGUCGUGCUGAAUUUCAUGCUAUCGACAAUAGUCAAACGGCUGAUAUUUUACGUUAGAAAUAUCCAGUCAGUUUUGAUACAGUAAAUUUCAUAAUGGGGGCUUCGCACCGUAAAUUUAAGACGGAUGGAAACGCCAGUUUUUUACGAGCAGCGAGAGCAGGAAACCUUGAAAAACUGUUGGAGUAUUUGAAAGGCAGUAUCGAUAUCAAUACAAGUAACGCUAAUGGACUGAAUGCCUUGCAUUUGGCGUCUAAAGAAGGACAUGAACAUGUAGUUGCAGAGCUGUUGAAGAGAGGAGCCAACGUCAAUGCAGCAACUAAGAAAGGAAACACUGCCUUACACAUAGCAUCUCUCGCAGGCCAGGAACCAGUUGUAAAGAUUCUAGUACAAAAUGGCGCCAACGUCAAUGUGCAGUCCCAAAAUGGUUUCACUCCUUUGUAUAUGGCUGCUCAAGAAAACCAUGACAAUGUCGUUCGCUUUCUAUUGUCAAAUGGAGCAAACCAAAGCCUUUCUACAGAGGAUGGUUUCACUCCUUUAGCAGUAGCUCUUCAGCAGGGUCAUAACAAGGUAGUUUCUGUUCUAUUGGAAAAUGAUACCAUAGGAAAAGUACGCCUUCCUGCUCUUCACAUUGCAGCCAAGAAGGAUGAUUGUAAAGCUGCUGCGUUGCUGCUUCAGAAUGACCACAACCCUGAUGUUACAUCAAAGAGUGGUUUUACCCCUCUUCAUAUAUCAGCUCAUUAUGGAAAUGAGAAUAUGGCCUUGGUUUUAUUGGAAAAAGGAGCUGAUGUUAAUUUUUUGGCCAAACAUCAAAUAACUCCCUUACAUGUUGCAUCAAAAUGGGGUAAAACAAAUAUGGUGACCCUGCUUAUUGAUAAAGGGGCCAAAAUUGAUGCUGCUACUAGGGAUGGAUUAACUCCUUUACACUGUGCUGCUCGAAGUGGUCAUGACCAAGUUGUUGAUAUGCUUGUGGAAAGAGGGGCCCCUAUUACAGCAAAAACAAAGAAUGGUCUUGCACCCUUACACAUGGCUGCUCAAGGUGACCAUGUAGAUAGUGCCAGAAUCUUACUUUACCACAAGGUACCUGUAGAUGAUGUAACUGUGGAUUACUUGACAGCCUUGCAUGUAGCCGCUCAUUGUGGCCACGUGAGGGUUGCAAAGUUGCUGCUCGAUCGUAAAGCUGACCCAAAUGCCAGAGCCCUGAAUGGGUUUACACCUUUACAUAUCGCUUGUAAAAAGAAUAGAAUGAAAGUUGUAGAACUUCUUCUUAAACAUGGAGCAUCCAUUGAAGCUACAACAGAGUCUGGUCUGACUCCACUUCAUGUAGCUGCCUUCAUGGGAUGUAUGAAUAUUGUUGUUUAUUUGAUACAAAAUGGAACAAAUCCAGAUAUUCCAACUGUUCGAGGGGAAACACCACUACAUUUGGCCGCUCGAGCACACCAAACUGACAUAAUUCGUAUUUUGUUGCGUAACGGAGCUCAGGUUGACGCACGAGCCAGGGAACAACAAACUCCUCUACAUAUUGCAGCCAGACUUGGGAAUGUAGAUAUUGUUGGUCUCUUAUUACAACAUGGUGCAGCAGUUGAUGCAACAACUAAUGACAUGUACACCUCUCUUCAUAUUGCUGCUAAAGAAGGUCAGGAAGAAGUGGCUUCUGUACUUGUAGAACAUGGAGCCUCUACUACUGUUACUACCAAGAAAGGAUUUACUCCUCUUCAUUUGGCUGCCAAGUAUGGAAAUAUCAAAGUAGCUCGUCUCCUUUUACAGAAAGAUGCCCCUGUUGAUGCUCAAGGAAAGAAUGGUGUGACACCUCUCCAUGUUGCAGCACAUUAUGAUCAUGUGAAUGUGGCUCUUCUAUUACUUGAUAAGGGAGCAUCCCCACAUUCUACUUCUAAGAAUGGUUACACUCCACUUCAUGUGGCAGCCAAAAAGAACCAGAUGGAUAUUGCUACCACAUUGCUGGAGUAUGGAGCAAAAGCUAAUGUUGAAUCUAAGGCUGGUUUCACACCUCUCCAUCUGGCAGCACAGGCAGGUCAUACAGACAUUACAACACUUCUGAUUGAACAUCAAGCUGAUGUUAAUGCUGCAGCCAAGAAUGGACUUACACCUCUCCACUUAUGUGCUCAAGAAGAUCGUGUCAAAGUGGCUGCUAUUCUGGUGAAGAAUGGAGCUGUGAUUGAUCCACAGUCCAAAGCUGGAUAUACUCCACUGCAUGUUGCCUCACAUUUUGGUCAGGUUAACAUGGUGAGGUUUCUACUACAACAUGCUGCCACUGUGAACUCAACAACUUCUCAUGGAUAUACACCUCUCCAUCAAGCAGCUCAACAGGGACACACAUUUGUUGUAACUCUUCUGCUAGAAGGCAAGGCUUCACCCAAUACUGUUACUAAUCAAGGGCAAACACCUCUGUCUAUUGCCCAGCGGCUAGGUUAUAUAUCUGUGGUCGAAAGUUUGAAAGUGGUAACAGAAACUGUUACGACAACCACCACUACUGUGAUUACUGAAGAUAAAUACAAAGUUGUUGCUCCAGAAAUUAUGCAGGAGACAUUUUUGAGUGAUUCAGAAGAUGAGGGAGGUGACGAUUUUGAGGAAACAACUCUGUUUGGGAAACCCACUCAUGCUACCCAUGUGUAUCUGCCUUAUUAUGAAGGUCAAAAGUUACAGACGCGAGAAGACACAAUGACAGGUGAUCAGUCCAUGCGCUACAUGACAGCUGACGAUAUGAAAUUUUUGGGUGAUGAUUCUCUUACUAUUGAUGUAACAAAAGAUGAGAAGCCAGCUGAAAGUAUGGUGUUUAGCAAACACGCUGGAGCACCUUUGACUGUACAAGAGGAGCACUUAUCACCUCAGUAUGUUAAUCCAAAUACAGAAGCAUUCUUUGUGGGGAAUUAUGCUCCAGAUAACAUUGAUAUCUCUCGUGCACCAGUGCAUUCUGGGAAGCUUAAGUGGAAGACAUUUCUGGUCAGUUUCAUGGUUGAUGCCCGAGGAGGUGCUAUGCGUGGUUGCCGACACUCUGGGGUAAGAGUUAUUAUUCCACCACGUAAAGCUCCAAUGCCAAUGCGAAUUACUUGUCGAUAUCUACGAAAGGAAAAGCUUGCACAUCCACCACCUCUUAUGGAAGGUGAAGCAUGUGCUUCUAGAAUUCUUGAAGUUGGACCUGCUGGAGCAAAGUUUUUAGGACCUGUUAUACUUGAAGUUCCACACUUUGCUUCCAUGCGUGGAAAAGAACGAGAAAUUACUGUGUUGAGGAGUGACUCUGGAGAAACCUGGAAAGAGCAUGUUCCCCCACCAGAUGAUGCUGUUCAUGAUGUACUGAAUGAGAGCUUUGAGGGAGAAGAGUUCAGUGCUUUAGAGGACCUUAACACCAACAGAAUUACACGCAUUGUAACAAUGGAUUUUCCACAAUAUUUUGCUAUUAUUACACGUAUCAGACAAGAGGUCCAUACUAUUGGCCCUGAGGGUGGGAUGGUCAGUUCAACUGUUGUGCCUCAAGUCCAGGCAAUAUUCCCAGAAGGUGCCCUCACAAAGAAGAUCAAAGUAGGACUUCAGGCACAACCAAUACCACCAGAGUUAGUCUCAAAGAUGUUGGGAAAUCGGGUGGGAGUUAGUCCUAUUGUGACUGUUGAACCUCGCCGUCGCAAGUUUCACAAACCUAUCACUCUGACCAUCCCAGUGCCUCAAGCUGCUUCCAAAGGGAUGAUAAACCAGUACAGUGGGGAUGCUCCAACUUUGAGGUUGCUGUGCAGUAUAACAGGUAGUACCAAGUCAGGAGCUACAACUAAAGCCCAGUGGGAAGAUGUAACUGGAUCAACUCCACUUACCUUUGUUAAUGAAUGUGUCUCAUUUACUACAACAGUAUCAGCAAGGUUUUGGCUCAUGGAUUGCAGGCAAAUUAAUGAAGCAACAAAGUAUGCUACAGAACUAUAUCGAGAAGCUGUUAAUGUGCCUUUCAUGGCCAAGUUUGUUGUUUUCAUAAAACGACAUGAACCAAUGGAAGCUCAGCUUCGGGUAUUCUGUAUGACUGAUGACAAAGAAGACAAAACCUUAGAAAGCCAGAAGCACUUUAUAGAGGUGGCCAAAAGCAGAGAUGUAGAGGUCUUGGAAGGCAAAUCUCAAUACUUAGAAUUUGUUGGGAAUUUAGUUCCUGUGACAAAAUCAGGUGAGCAAUUGACUCUCAUGUUCCAAGCCUUCAGGGAGAACAGGCUGCCAUUUAUUGUUCGUGUGAAGGAUCCUCACCAGGAGGCCGUGGGCAGGAUUGCUUUUAUGAGAGAACCCCGAGUGAGCCGUGGAGAUCUACCACAAACUCCAAUUUGUAAUCUGAACAUCGUGUUGCCUGAUGUGUGUAAGGCUGAGGGAGAGUAUGUAGAUGAGAUUGUAACACUGGAGAGAAAGUAUGGUUAUGUUCAGGAAUCAGGUUUAGCUAAAGGUGGGAUGCUUCAGCGAGCUGAUCUUCGGCUGGUUGAUGUGGCUCGAGAAAUUGGAUCUGAGUGGGAACGACUGGCUUUUCAGUUGGACAUCCCAGAGUGGGAUGUCAACACAAUCAAAAAUGAAUGUCCAGAUAAUGUUAAAAGUCAGUCUUUGAUGAUGUUACAGUUAUGGGUGCAGAAACCAACAAUCCAAGCCAAAGGAAAUGUUUUGGAAAAUGCUUUGAGAAAAAUUGCCCGAGAAGAUGUUUUAAAUAAUUGUAUGUUCAAUGUGCACAUUGUAUCUGAUGAGGUGGAAAAAGCAGUGGCAAAAGUUCAGCAAGAUCAGAGUGAGUUUGAUAACAUCAGAGUCGAAUUGGGCCGAUCAAGGGAAGCUUCACUACAGCGAGAAAUGUCUCUGGAUGUUUCUUAUGAUGAACAGGACUUAAUGAAGGAAGCAGAAUCAGCUGAAGAAACAAGUAGUGAGACAGGUUCAGUCCAGGAAAGACAACUUCCAGAAACCAGGAAAACACCACCCAAGGACGGCCGAGAAAUACAAAAAGUGACAGUGACAGAAAUUCCAAUAACUCGAGAAGUAGCAGGUACUAAGCUUCCUGUCACAGAACAGAUUAUUGUAUCUCAUGAAAGGAUUUCAGGAGAGGAAGAGCUUAAAAAACCAACUAAAACUCCACCCCCUACACCUGUGGACAAGGAACAGAAAGGUCAACAACAGUUACCAGACACUGACAGAAAAAUCUAUACAACAGAGAAAAGUCAAGUUUUGGAUGAUGGAACAGUUAAACACAGUAUCACAACUGUUACUAAGGAAACUGUGGUCCAUGAUUUAAGUGAGUUACCAGAAAAAUUGUGUAAAAGAGUUGCAGAACUUGCUGAGGCUGAAGAAAGACCUCUAGGAGAUAAAGAUGGAAGGCAGGUGACACUUACAACAAUAAAAAAAGAUGGAGAAGCACAGCCAGUUGUUACCACAAUUUCCAGUACUGACACAUCUAAAACAUAUCCUGUUGAGAAACACAUAGUAAGAGAAGCACAGGGAGCAGACCAGGAGCAAGUAACAUCAACAGUCUUGACAUCAAGGACUUUCCUAGGAGAGCUUAAUCUGACUGGGAAGAUGGUUGGUGAGAAGACUAAAAAACAGAUUCUGAUGCUUUUAGACAAUGAAAAUCAGAUAAGAGAAGAAAUGAAAAAACCAGACACAGUGUUAACCUCCCAGGCUGUAAUUGAUAAAUUUGGUUUUAAUAUAGAUACUAGUAAUACACCACUUACUGAAAGUCAGGCUCUAUGUGUAACAGAUACAGGUACAAGUCCAAUACAGGCAGUAUCGUGCACUGACAGAGGUAUAAGCCCUAUUGCAGUAUAUUCUCCAAGAAAUGUUCUGUUUAGAGAACAACCCAGACAAUAUGUAGGUACUUCUGAGCUCCAGGUUCAAGGCACAUUACAAUUUGCAAAUGAAUUACCAGAAACAUCACAGAAACAGGAUAGUGUAACAUGUGAAGAAUGUCCAAUAGAAAUACUGCUUGAUCGCAAAGUUUUUGAUACUGUAGAUGGAAGGGCAACUUCAGAAAGUAAACUAACUCUUUCUAGCUUUGGAACAGGAAGAACAUUAGAUAUUCAUUUCAAAACAGAUUCCCAAAUUGAAAUAUCUUAUCACUCAGAUUUUUCUACCUCCAAACCUCUUGCCUAUCAUGUUGGGAUUGGAACAGAUGAAGAACUGUCAGAACAAGGAAGCAGUUCUCUCAGUCAGUCACUUACUGAAUCAGCCAUUGGUCCUCACAGAGAAAAAGAUUCAUCCCAUAUUUUACCAGGUGAUAUAGAACAAAAAAUGAAAAAAAGAGAAAUGGGAACAGGUACAUCUAGAAAUGGAAUAUCAGAAAAAUUUGAUGCUGCCACAAGCCCCAUCGUAGGACUCACUUCAGAAGCUGCCAUAUCAACAGAAUCACCAGAAAAGAGUGACAUAGCUUCAAGUCCACUCUUAACGGAGUCAAAAAGUAUUGGCUUAAGUCCUAUGUCAGAUGCAGGGCUGGAGAUUCUUAAAGAGGAUAUUUCUGCUCAAACUGUAUCUCCAGGCUCCUUGUCAGUCAGUACUAGUCCUCUGGUAGAGUUGGACCCUAGUAAUUUGGUUAGGUCAAGCAUGGAAGAACUGAAUUUACCAAAUUUGCAAGAUGAAACUAAUCAAUAUUAUUCCUUUGAUAGUGACCUUGAAUCAGAAGCAGGAAUUGAACAUAAAAAGAUUGAUGUUGGCAAUGGCAUAACUUUGAAAACUUCUUCACUUGACAUAGUCUCAAAAAUUGAAUUACCAAAAGAAAACAUACUACAAGAGCUAAAAGAUGACAAAUUAAUGUUCUUUCAAUUCUCAGAUGAAACCUCAGUCUCAAAAUCUAAACAGGAAACUAAGGAAACAUCAGAGUUCUUAAUUACAAGUAGUGUGCUUGAACAGCAAACAAAGAGGGAAUUAGAAAAAAUCAGUAAAGCUGUCAGCUUGAAUACAACAGAAGGGAAAGAACAUGAUCUGACAGAUGAAAAAGAAUUGUUGCAAAAAUCCAUGAAAACAAAUCCACAAUUUAGUCCUGAUGUUCUUUUUACAAGUUCACUUAAAAAAAUAUCAAAAGAAGAACAAGAACAAAAGGAAACAGACCAUGAAACAAAGGUAGCAGAAUCAGAGAUGAUGAAAAGAAAAACAGAACAUGAUAUGGAAGUUGGAGAAAUAGAAAUAGAAUCAAAGAAAACUAAAACAAAAGUUAUAGAGCCAAAAAUAGAAUCAGAGAAAUCAGAACCAGAAAUUAAAGUUGGGGAAACACAAAUAGAUAUAGAGAAAAUAGAAAGAGAAAUGGGAGUUAAAGAGCCAGAAAAAGAAUCAAAGGAAAAAGAAUCUCAAAUUAAAGUUAGUGAAGCAAAAGUAAACUUGAAUAAAUCAGAUCAUGUAGUAAAAAUUGAUGAAACAAAAAUAGAGCCAAAGAAAGCAGAAUCUGAAAUCAAAUUUAAGAAGCCAAAAAUAGAAACAAAGAAAAAAGAGCCUGAAAUGAAAGCUGGUGAGCCAGAAGUAGGAUCAAUGAAAACGGAACCUAAAAACAAAAUUGGUGAAACUGAAAUAAAAACAAAGAAAGCAGAACAUGAUAUGAAAAUUAGCAAGUCAGAACUAGAAUCGAAAAGAAAAGAAUCUGAAAUUAUGGAACCAAAAAUAAACACAAUAGAAAGAGAACCUGAAAUGAAAGUUGGUGAAACAGAAAUAGAAGCAAAGAAAACAGAAAUUGAAAUGGAAGUUGAAGUAUCAGAAAAAGAAUCAAAGAAAAGAGAAUCUCAAAUUGAAGUUGAUAAAGCAGAAAUAUAUGCAAAUAAAUCAGAAUCUGAAGUGAAAAUUGAAGAAGUAGUAAUUGAACCAGAGAAAGCAGAACCUGAUAUGAAAAUACGGGAGUCAGAAUUUGAAUCAAGGAAAAGAGAAUCUGAAAUGAAAGUUGGUGAGCUAGAAGUAGAGUCAAAGGAAAAAGAAUCUGAAGGGAAAAUCUAUGAAGCAAAAAUAGAACCAAAAAAAGUAGAACCUGAUAUAAAAAUUAGGGAGCAAGAAUUAGAAUCAAAGAAAACAGAAGCUGAAAGGAACGUUAAGGAGCCAAACAUAGAAGCAAAGAAAAAAUCUGAAAUUGGUGAAGUACAAAUAGUACCAAAAAAAGCAGUACCUGAAAUGAAAGUUGAUGAGUCUCAAGUAGAAUUAAAGAAAAGAGAACCUGAAGAGAAAAUUAGGGAGCCAGAAUUAGAAUCAUGGGAAAAAGACUCUGAAAUGAAAAUUGGAAAGCCAAAAUUAACAUCAAUGAAAUUUGAACCUGGAAGAAAAAUAAAAGAACUGGAAAUAAAAACAAAAGAGUCAGAACUUGCAAUGAAAAUAGAAGAAUCAGAAGCAAAGCCAAAGAAAUCAGAACUUGAAAUAAAGGUAAAUGAACCAGAAGUAAGUGUAAACAAAAUAAAAUUUGCCUCAAAGUCUAGUGAAUCAGAAAUGUUUGUGAUACCAGUAGAUAAAGAAUGUGAGUUUCAACAAACAGAGCUAGAGAUUGAACAAACAAUACAACAUCAUGAACAAGGUGAAAAAGACAAAUUUGUAAUAAGAUCUAGCGUAUUAAAAUGUGAAACGGAGCUUGACUUUGGUUUGAAAUCAAGAGAAUUAGAAAAAAGACAUGAAGCACAGCAAAAAGAAGAAACUUAUAGUGUGUAUGUCACAGAAGCAGAAGGAUCAAAAACAUUCUUUAAAGACAUAAGAAGUAAAGAUGUAGUAACUUCAGAUAUAAUAUCAUCAGCAGAGUUUGAUGUUUCAGAGAUUUCAGAAACAGGAAUAGAUCUUAUUUCUGAACAGCAUGUUGAACGUGAAAAAACAGAAAUAGAAAUGGAUUUUACUGGAAAGGAAAACAAACACUUUACUGGUGAAGAGCCACAAGGAGAUAAGUUACAGACACAGCAAGUAGGAAUCAGGUGUUUAUUCAUUGAAACUCCAGAGGAAUUAUCAAAGAGUUUAGUGACUGAGGUGCUAAUAAAAGAAUCAAAAGAACCGGAUAAGCAAGUUUUUAAAAAGGAAGUUUUGAGAUCAUAUGAAGAAAUACAAGAAGGAAAUGGUAGAACAGGAACUGUUUUAGCUGCUCCAGAUAGUGAAUACUAUACCGAAUCAACAAAAAAUAGGGCAGUAACAACAGUUAAGGAUGAAGGUUUGUCCCUUUUUAAGGAAGUGAAGCAAACAUCAGAACAGCCAGUUGAAUCGGAUACAGUAUUGUUUAGUGAUGUUAAAUUUGGCAAUAGGAAAAGAAGCAGUAUUUUAACUCAAAAAACGGGGAAUAGUGCAGGAAUUUUUCAGAAAGAGACAAAAGUUUAUUAUACAGAAAAUGACCUUAGAGUAGGCACUCAAGAAUUCACAGUUGAAAUAGAAGAGGAAGCUGUUGAUAUGAAAAGUCAGGAUAUUCUAACACUGGAAGACAUGUGCAGUGCCCUGUCUGACUUGCCUGAAACAGACAGCCUGACUUCAGUUACUUCAACAUCAUCAUCGCUUGAAAUGCUGACAAAGCAACAGGUAGCAGAUACCAUUACUUGUGUUUUAUCAUCAGCCAAAGAAGCAUCUUCAGAACCAGAAUCUAUCCAGCAGGAAAUCCCAGAAUUUGCAAUGGACCUUAAAAGAAAGGAGAAUGAAAAGCAAAAACUUUUCCUCAAGCAGGUACAUACAGUAGAUUCAAGUGAUUUUCAAACUUUCCAAAAAUCUGCAUCAUUAAAUAUGGUGGAUUUUACAUUGUUUUCGGAACCAUUAAAUCACAUUUCAGAAUCAGAAACUACUGAAAGCUCAGGCUCAAGUGUUUCAACACAAAGAGAAUGUUAUCCUUUAACUAUUGCAGGUCCAUCAGAACCAACAAUAAUAUCUGAAACUGAUAUCACCGAACAGAAUAGUUCAUUUCAGUGUGAAGAUCUGUUGGAUGAUUGCAUUAAUGAUAAUGGUAAGAAAUUGGAGGUCUUUGAUGCUAGUAACUUUUCAUGCAUCAAAACUGAUAGUCAACUUUCCCAUAACAUAUUUCCUGGUAGCCAGCAAUCUAAAAGUGAUAAAAUAGAUGAAACUUUUGAAGAAACACAAGAGAAUCUUAGAACCAGUUCAGUUGAAGUGGCAGUCCAUAAAGAAGAACAAAGGGCUGAAAGUGUUGAAUCAUUUUCUAUAGCAGAAAGUGUGAUUGGUGUUGGUGAAGAGAUCUUAGACUUGGAUUUUUCAGAAGAGGUUGUUCCCAAUGAAGAAACUGUAAUGCCAACAAGAGAACGUGCUGAAAUUGUAGAAACAUUUCCCAUGUCCUUUGUAACCUACCAUGUACCGUCUUGUCAUGUAGGAGAGGAGCAAAUAAUUUGUAAAAGUAAAGUUCUUCCAGAGAAUCUAAUGUUACAAGGAGAGACAAGCAAAGAUCCCUUUUCUGAACAAAAACAUUUUAAAGAAGAUGAAAUAGUUGACUCUUCUGAAUAUCUCUCGGAAAGAAAAAACAUCUUGUACACAUUUCCUUCAUCUUACAAGGAGAAAAUAUGGGAGAAAAAGGAAGCAGAAACAUCAGUGGUAACAUCUUGUAAAGAAUGGACAGAGACUGACGAACAUGGUGCAGUUAAACGUGUUAUGCAGAAUACAUCGUAUAUCACAUCUACAACACAGCAGGAAGCAGGCGUCACUGCACUUGAAGAGCCCUCCGAAGACAUGGAGAGGGAUAGAGUCGACAGAACACCAGCCUCUCCAGUGGCUUUCGAAAAUUCCGCAUUUGCGGGUGUUGAUGUGAUUGAUGCAGAGGGAGAAGGAUCCUGUCAAGUGCGAAGUCCAUACGAGGUUUCUCCAGAGAAAAUGGAGUGGACAGAUGCUGAGAAGACUUUAGACUCCUCAAGUAAAUCCGUUUAUGAGCAACAGCUUACAGGGUCUGGUGAAGAUGGUGAUUUGCAUGGGAGUAGGCUAACUACUCUAUCUACAAGGACCAUAACAACGCAGUCAACCCCAACAAUGGCUCCAUCUACCGGUAGCCACCAGACACCUGUGAGUCCUUCCAGUCAGGAAAUACUUGAUCAGUUCAUGAAUGAAGGUGAUUCUUCUCACUAGUUCACCUGCUUGCCAAGGAUGAUCAAUGAAUUUAUAAUAUCAUUCAUAAAUGUCACAAUUACUUACAGCAGUAUGUCACAGCGUAGCUGAAUUUUGUCAUUCUCAGUCCUUUGUGUUCAGUUGUCUUGUAUCAGGUUAUGUCAUUAUCAGUCACUUUUUAAGUUAUUGCCAUGAAAAUUUGAAUUAUAGCGACUUUUCAGUGCCAUAGAUUUGUUUGCAUGUUUUUGGUUUGAGAACAUGUUUGAAAGUGAGAAUGAUUUUUAGACACGAACCUUUAUCUUAUUCUAAUGUUGCUGUAUGGGAGGUUACAUAAACAACAACUUCCACGUGGUCAAGAGAUAAAUAUGAACAAAUUCAUAACUUUUUAUUGAUUCCAAGUUUUAUAUCUUGGAAGAAAAACUAAUGGAAAUUGUAAAGCUUAAGACAGGUAUGUUGCCAGGAUGCAUUAUCCCUUCCCUCCAUACCAUAAUGAUGUACAAAACUUUCACGUGGUAAUGAUGAAGAAUAUAAAACUCUCACAGCCUGACCUCUACGCUGUGUAACAGUUAUUUUUGUUUCAUAAAAAAUCACACUAAUCUUAAUGGAAAAAAAAAAAGACUUCGUUUUACAUAACUUUACCUGCUUGUGGAAAGUUUAAGAUUGCUGUCCUAAUCUUUCAUACUGUCUUCAUCAGCACCAUAUUCUCUGUUUUCCUGUACAAAUAUUACUUGUAGUUUUCUUAUUGACUAGUGUAGGAAAUCUGGUCAAAAUACCAAAGAUUUUACAGUAGAAAACUUUAUGCUUUACGAAUCAACCUCACCUAGACUCUAAACAAUCAUGCUGAUUUAAACCAAGUAUUUUACAAUUAUCUUGAUCUUUGGAUACUUCUGGCAUUAUAAAUUUUAAGACUUUGCAAAAUAUAGGACUUAUAUCAAAAUCUGUGAUGUUCGGUUAGAUUGUACUAUAUAUAUAUAUAUUUUUUUUGUUUUUGUUUUUUUGGUGAGGUUAUUUUUGGGGAAAAAUUUAAAGCAUCCCUGUGAUUAGACAUAGGCCCAUGUAAAUGUAGAAUCUUUCCUGUUAAUAUUUGGCUUCUGCUGUUUGAAUGCAGAUUUCGAAACAAUAAAAGUUGUUUUUCUGUC